GGCGCUGCGCUGCAGCCCGCGGCUCCCUCGGAUUCCUGCGGUCGCGGAGCGCCAGCGAGCUCCCUCCCGGGAGGGGGAGUUCCGCGGGGAGGAGGUGGAGGGGGAGGAGACGGCGCGGGGAGCGUUAAAAGGAGGCAGCCGAAUGACAGCGGCCGCUCCCCGCGCCCCCGCCCCGUGAGGACCGGCCGCCCCUGCUCGCUCACUGCUGGACAUGGAGGGGAGAGAGGACGCGGAGUGCGACUGCCAGGUGGCGUUCGCCGAAGCCCAGCGAUGGGUAGAGGCAGUUACUGGGAAAAGCUUCGGAACCAAAGACUUUCGAGCAGCUCUAGAAAAUGGAGUCCUGUUGUGUGAUUUGAUUAACAAGAUCAAACCUGGCAUUGUUAAGAAGAUCAAUCGUCUGUCAACUCCAAUUGCUGGCUUGGAUAAUAUAAAUGUUUUUCUGAAGGCGUGCGAAAAUAUUGGACUGAAAGAAGCUCAGCUUUUUCACCCAGGAGAUCUUCAGGAUUUGUCCAAUCGAGUUACAGUCAAACCGGAGGAAACCAACAGAAGAGUGAAAAAUGUUUUGAUUACAUUAUACUGGCUUGGGAGAAAAGCUCAAAGUAACCCCCAUUAUAAUGGUCCAUACCUCAGUCUUAAAGCCUUUGAGAAUUUAUUAGGGCAAGCAUUGACUAAGGCACUUGAAGAAUCCAGCCACCUGAACAGAAGUGGCAGGGAUAGUGGAUACGGUGAUAUUUGGUACGUUGACCGGGGAGAGCCCUUUUCGUCUUCAGCUAGCCAUAAAAGAGACGAUUCUUUUGAUAGCUUGGACUCUCUUGGUUCAAGAUCCUCCACAAGCUUUUCGUCAGAUAUAACCUUAAAAGGUGGCAGUGAAGGUUGUGACAGUGACACAGACUCAGAACUGCCUUUCAAAAUGCAUGACUCCCAUAAAGAUGACAGGUCUUACCGUAGGAUAUCUGUGAUUGAACCAAAACCUACCACUGACUUCAAUCGCUUCUUACCCAAUAAAAACAAGCAGACGGCUUAUGUGCCAGCACCAUUAAGGAAGAAGAGGACAGAGAAGAAUGAGGACAAUAGGAGGAGCUGGGCAAGUCCUGUCUUCACCGAGUCAGAUGGAACGUUUUCAAGUAACCAGAGGAGGCACAGGCAGUUGGAUACUAAAGAGGAAAACAAACCAAGAGUUAACAAUCCUUCAGAAUUAUCUGGGUAUUUUGAUGAGGACGAGGAAGAAGUAGGCAUCCCAAACAUUGAAAAAGAUGAUUUCUAUUUUCGCAAACUAAGUUCUUCAGCAUCACAUACAGUUGUUGCUUUUGACAAAUUUCUUCCUAAGUUUUGGACUCCAGAAGAAGAAUUGCUAUGGAAAAAAAUCAAGAAAUCCUCUUUUAAACCCUGGUAUAAAGAGAUUCAAGGGUUCAGUAGAAAGAAAUCAGAUUCUGAGGAUGAGGAAUUUGCUUACAAACAAAGCUGUACCAUUGUUGCUAAUCAACCAAGACCAAUUUUUGACUGGAACAAUAGUUGCAGAAGGGAUCAGAGCUAUAAACCAACUGCUGAAUAUGUGAGAAGCUCAUUGUCACAGAUUGCAGAAGGAAAAAUCAUGGAGUCUUCUGAUCAGCCCAGUCAGUUUUCGUUACUUCAGGCCCUGCAAAAAUACUCUGACUACAUGUCUUCUGAAACGGAGACCAAAAUUGAUCCCACUUCUGGCCCUAGGCUCAUAAAAUGUAGAAAGAAUGUUUCCUUUAUACCAGGAUGCAAGCAAAGAGAUGAAGAAAAUGGAUAUCUGUAUCCAGAUUUGGAAAAUGACGACUUGUUCGUUCGGAAAACCGGGGCUUUCCAUGUGAAUCAAGUUGUUCUUCAAGACCCUCGGUUUUUAAAAAAAUUCUCUGAUCAAGAGCCUCCUCUAGAGGGUGAGAUAAUCCUGCAACCCAGAGAGGGCCAACCUGUGAUUCCAGAUUUGGAAAAGGAUGACAUGAUUUUCCGUAAAGUCCUCUUUCAGAAAAAAGAGGUGCCUUUGUCGGGUGCUCCUGACAAGUAUCACCCAGCACUGUUUCCUGAUCCAUGGAGUCUUCCAGAAGAGAUCCGAUCCAAAUUUCUAUGUUUACUUGAAAAAAACACGACACUGGAGGAAAGAAAGAGCAAUGGCAGAGUACUGUCACCAUCUUCCCACCAUAAGAAGGAUGAUAUGCUGACCCGCAAGAUUGAAUCUUGGAAGGUUGGAGGCAACAUACAGCCAGUAAAUUUUAUCCCAGGUCCAUGCAGUGAAGAAGACUGGAAGAAGUGGGAAGCAAUCAGGGAGGCCAGCAAAGUUAGACACAAGAAACGGCAGAUGGUGGAGAGACUGUUUCAAAAGCUUUCUGAUGAGCAAGGGAGUAAAUCUUUGAACGAUGUCAGUGCAGAGGAGCUGCAGUCAUUGCGCAAAAUCCGUUAUGAAGAGCUACAAAAGAUAAAAGAACAGUUACAAGAACAAGAUCUAAAGUGGCAAGAAGAUCUAGCAAAGUGGAAGAAUCGUAGAAAGAGCUACACUUCAGAAUUGCAAAAGAAAAAGGAAGAGAGAGAAGAAAUUGAAAGGAGAGCCUCUGAAGUGUCUGGAAGGAGUACCAAGACACUGAAAGAAAUGCAGCAGGAGAGGGAGGGGAGAGAUGAAGACUCCUGUGGGCAGCAAAAACAGGAACACAGCUGGAGGUAUUCACUGAAUGACGAUGUGUUUAGUGAAGAAAAAGCACCUUCCACAUGGUCAGCAGCAAAAGAUUACCUUUUGGAAGAAGAUACUUCCUACAGCACUAAGGACAGCAAAAGUGAAUAUGCCUCACAGCUGCCCAAGGAGAACCUGCCAGAGAGCUCGGCUGCUCAAGAAGCUCCUGCUCUGCCAAAGAGCCUGGCAGAGGAGCAGAGCUCUGCUCUUUUGUCUACUCGCUACUCAGUGAAUGCUCAAACUGGGUCAGCUCAGGUUUCAGCUUCUCUCCCGAGAACUUACCAGAAAACUGAUACCUCUAGGUUAACAUCUGUGGUUACACCAAGACCUUUUGGUGUCCACUCAAGAGGAAUCUCGUCACUUCCACGGUCGUUCACGAUGGAUGAUACUCUGAAAUACAACGGAGAAGUAGAAAAAGCUAAAAGAACUCAAACUUUGUUCACCAGCGUCUCCUUUUCACAACCAGACUCUGCACACCCUCUCUCCACUAGUGCAUUCAGAAGCAGAGGUGAGGAGGAAGAGGAGGAAAAAGAAGGUGUUCAGUCAACACCUGCUCCUACUUUGGCAUUACCUGUAAAAUCCCAAGACCAAGAUGCUGGAAGCAGUAUUCUUAAACCUGAGUAUGGCAUUCCUUCUGAUUCUCUUUCACUUGCAUCUUCUGCAGAAAUUACGAGUCCAACAGAGCCUGAGGAUUCAAAAUCCAUGGAACAGUACAGUGAAAUGAGAAUCAGCAUAAACCAGAGACCUGGCCACAGUCGCAGCUUUGGGUUUACAACAAAUUGGAGUUCUUCAGGAGCCUUUGUACAGACAGUUGAAGAAGGUAGCCCUGCAGCACUUUGUCAACUGCAUAUAGAUGAUGAGAUCAUUGCUGUCAAUGGCACAAAGGUUUCACAUAUGGACUACAGUCAGUGGGAAGAAGCCAUCAGCAGAGGACUAGAAACUGGAAACCUGGUCAUGGAUGUCAGACGAUACGGAAAGAAUGAUUGGGGCAAAGACCAGCCUUCCCUGCCACAUGUAAGGCAUAAAAUCCUCAAUCUCACCAGUAUGGCUACCAACAUUAUAGGUACAUCUGAAAAUAAAUGGAUUGAUGCAACUUCUGGAGAACAUGUUUCAAAUGUUUCCACCAUAUCAACAAAAAGAGAUUUCUCCAGCAGCCUUCAAAGUUCUGAUACAGAAACAAAAUUGAUAAAUGGAACACAAGGAGAUCUUGGCCCUAAUGAACAAAGAGCAUCUGAACCUAUUUCUUUGAAAAACUUAAAAAGACGGUCACAAUUUUUUGAACAAGGAGGCCCAGAGCCUGCAAUGCCUGAUCUCCCAGUCCCAUCCAUUAGUGCUCCUAGUCGUCGGGUUUGGGAUCAAGAGGAAGAGCGAAAACGACAGGAAAAAUGGCAAAAAGAGCAGGACCGUUUAUUGCAGGAGAAAUACCAACGUGAACAAGAAAAACUGAGGGAAGAAUGGCUACGAGCUAAGCAAGAAGCAGAAAAAGAGAGCUCCAAGUAUUUUGAUGAGGAGCAGACUGUUCUAACUUUAAAUACGACAUCUGUCACUUCUCGUGCUCCAUCUGUGUCCAGCUGGAGAGCAAGCCCUGAAGCAAAUAUUCCUGAGGAGCCAGAAGGAGAUGGAGGAAGAGAGCUGGCAGUGAGCUUGCUGCGUGAGGAAGAAGGAAGGAGGAGGCUUCAGGAGGAACGGAGGAUCCAGGAGGAAGCAACCCUGCGUUUUGAGCAAGAAAAAAAACUCCAAGAGUUGGAGCUUGAGAGACAACGUAAAGAGAGGGAGCAGCAAUAUGCUGAGGAACAGAGGCGGUGGGCAGAGAUGGAGGAACAGAAACGUCAGGCUGAAAGGCAAAGGGAGGUGUCAGUGGAGAUGCCUCAGUACCAAAGACAUUAUGAGCGCUAUGAAGUAUCUAAAACAAUAGAGGAUCGAGCUGGCCAUCCUCUCAUUGACAGGCAUUAUGAGCGUUAUGAAGUUUCUAAAACCAUUGAGGAGCAACCUGACCAGUCAUUUGCUGACAGGAAUAAGUCCAAGUCGACUUCAGAACUGAAUGACUUCAACACAAUCAGAAAUGGUACCCAGAGCAGGUUUUCGGAGAGGUCCUGGAACACGGGUGAGUCACAGAAGAAGUCUCAGAAGGAACAAAACCUCUCUGCAGCAGAGUUGGAGAGACAGCAAAUCCUUCAGGAAAUGAGAAAGAAAACAUCUCUACACACAGACAGCAGCUGGAUAAGGCAGCGCAGUUCCAGUGUACAUAAGGAGCCCAUUAGUCUGUACAGCAAUAGUAUGAGGAGGGGGGAGUCUUUGGACAAUCUUGAUUCUUCAAGAACAAGCUCGUGGAGGCACCACUCAUGGCUGAACCAGUCUGCCUCCUCUUCAUCUCUAUCUUCUAGUCAAGAUUUUAGUCGUCCGGUGUCCACUUCAAACCGAGCCUACAUGUGCACUCCUUCCUCCAGCAAAGCCCCUCCUGUGGCCACCUCGGCGAGAGCCCCAUCCGUGUCUCAGACAGCCCCUCGGGCUCAGUCUCCCCUCUCUGCUUCCCAGCCAGGGUCCCAGACACGCAGCAGGUCAGUCAGUGGGAAGAAAAUCUGUUCAUACUGUAAUAACGUUCUGGGCAAAGGAGCAGCCAUGAUCAUUGAGUCUCUUGGUCUUUGUUAUCAUUUACAUUGCUUUAAGUGUGUUGCCUGUGGAUGCGACCUUGGUGGAUCCCGCUCUGGAGCUGAAGUUAGGAUCCGAAACAACAAACUCUUCUGCAACGACUGCUAUAUCAGACUUAAAACUGGACAACCAACCUCCAUGUGAAGCAAAUGAAGAUAUGAAACCACUGUUGCAAAUAAAAGAAGAGGUGAUUGCUGCUGAUGUAGAUCUAUAAAUAUAUAUAUUGUGUAUGUGUGUUUUUUCUAAGAGUAACUCUUGCUUGUCUAGUCUUCAUAGCAAUACAUUGUAUUCUUCAUAUAACUAUUUUUAUUUAUAAGAAAGUAAUUGCAGUAAGGAAAUAUCUGGGAGAAAUACUUUCACAUUUUCAGCUUCAAGUACUGAGAGCAAAAGAGAGAAUACCUAUAUUUUCAGUAAUAACUUCAAAAUAUUUUUGAGGCUUAUAAUCAACUAGUUGACUUUCCAAUGGUAUAUGAAGAGGGUAUUUUGUUUCUAAGCUCUUGAAAUGAGCAUUAGAGAAAUAGCUAAUAUAAAUACAUUUUUGCAAUUGCUGUCUUUAUUUUUUGACAUAUACUGAAAGUGAAUUCUCUAGGUUAAUAUGAAGCUGCGUUUAAAUGCACAUGAGUGUGUUUGCUUUCCAUAUGCUGGUUUAUAAAAUUAUGUGCUUUUUUGAAACUUAAAUACAAAGAAUAACCUGUUUGCUCAGUGGUGUUGGCAUAAUAUUCUGUGGAAUCCAUUUAAGGGGGAGAGUUUUCUUUUCCCAUUUGGAAAAUGUAACUUUUUCCUCCACAAACUGAGUGGAGAAUGGUUGUUGAAUAACAGUCAAUUUGUAAAUAAAAAUUCUGAUGUUGCAUUUA